AUGUCUUCCUCAACACCCGAGCUCCCUGCCAACGUGCACGUCUCCCAGCACCCCUGUCUCCGGGCGAAGCUGUCCCAAUUGCGGUCCCAGUCGACGCCGGCGAAAGAGGUGAAGACGCUGGUGCAUGAUAUUGCGUUGAUGGUAGCAUACGAGGCCCUCGGCGCCUCCACAAAAGCGACAGAUGGAUCAAAGGAUUCUACCCCGCUAGGAUUCGACUUCACAUCAACCACAAUCUCCCCCUCCAGCCUCUGCCUCGUCCCCAUUCUGCGAUCAGGCCUCGGCAUGGUAGAAGCCGUCCAAACCAUCCUCCCCACGCCCGUAGCAGUCCAUCACCUAGGCCUCUACCGCGAACCCUCGACCCUCGAGCCCGUAGAAUACUACAACAAUCUCCCCAACCACGUUUCCCUCGACGGCUCCAACGCCGGCGCCUCCGAGCUCGCCAUCGUCCUUGACCCCGUCAUCGCCACCGGCGGCACCUGCGCCGCCGCCAUCCAGACCCUCCGUGAGUGGGGCGUCAAGCGCAUCGUCGUCCUCUCCGUCAUUGGCGCCGCCGAGGGCGUCAAGCGCGCCGCGAGCGAGUGGGCCGACGCGACGGACAUCUACAUUGCUGGCGUGGACGCCGAGUUGACGGACAAGGGCAUGCUAAAGCCCGGUGUAGGUGAUGUUGGUGAUCGGUUGUUCCUUACUAUUGGAAAAUAA